AUGGCGGAAAGGACCAGAUACGACCAGACUCAGCUCGAGGCAUACUACGAUCGUAUUGCGCUUCCUUCAAAAGUUCGCUUAUCCGGUAUCCACUAUUUUCCACCCGACUUUCAGCUUGUAUACCUCAACACCAUCACGAGACAACAACUCCUCACAGUUCCCUUUGAAAAUCUCACUCUUCAUUACUCGUGGAACCGAGUCGUCGAUGUCAGCGCGGAUCAUCUCCAUGAUAAGAUCGUGGGAGAGAAGCGAGGCGGUUACUGCAUGGAAAACAACACUUUCUUCCAUACGGUUUUACUCUCUUUAGGCUACGAGGUGUAUAUGGUUGCUGCAAGAGUCUUCAGUCCCGAUGCAGGAAAAUAUGGCAGCAUCACUCAUUGCCUCAAUGUAGUGACUAUUGCUGGGAAGUCCUACGCCGUAGAUGUUGGUUUCGGAGCGCGCAUGCCUACUAUCCCCAUGGAACUCGUCCACGAAAAGGUCUUUCAGCGAUCAGAUACAGGCCAAAUGCGUCUGCGCUAUAACACCAUUCCUCAGUAUCUAAGCAAGCAGAAGGUUUGGAUAUACGAAUACCGCUCUCGCGAUGGUGAAGAGUGGACUCCCCAGUGGUCUUUCGCCGAUUUCGAAGUUCUUCCCGAUGACAUCCGCGUGAUGAACAUGGCCCCUUCAAGAAGCCCUUCCAGUUUCUUCACGUUCAAGGUUGUUUGUGUGCAGUUUACUUCUGAGAAUGAGGAUUACUCCGAGGUGGAUGUGAGGGACGUGGGCAAGGCAAGUGGUGAUAUCGAUGGUGCUUUGAUUAUCGACGGUAAUUCUUUCAAAUAUCGCAAGGGCGGCGCUACGAAAUGGGCAAAGACUUUCAAGACGGAGGAUGAGCGUUUGGAAGCUUUGAGGAAGUACUUUGGUGUUGAGUUGACGGUGGAGAACCAAAGGGCUAUCAAGGGAACUGUUGGUGCUGUUGCGUAA